AUGUUGGAGUGCUACGGAUGCGUAGGAAACCAGGGUGCCUUAGCUCAUAAGCCAGAAGCAGAGAAAGCCAAUAGGACAUCCUAUGAAUGGUAUAUUCCAAAAGGAAUCCUGAAGACUGGUUGGAUGAACAAACACCUGAAUUUGGUUCCAGCACUUGUGGUGGUGUUCUAUGAACUAGACUGGGAUGAGCCACAAUGGAAAGAAAAACAGUUGGAAUGUGCUACUCGAGUUGAAAUUGUCAGGCAAAGUUUGCAGGGAAGAAAUACGAAAGUUGCUGUGGUUUUGAUUCAGAAAAAAACACCAUUACCUCCAGGGGAAGAUGUUAUUGCAUCAGAGAGGGCAGCGGCUUUAUGUAAUGCUUGUGACCUUUCUGGAAAAUCCCUCUUUGUGCUUCCACACACUGAUCAUCUUGUUGGCUAUAUUAUAAGGUUGGAAAAUGCUUUCUAUGAGCAUGCACAGACUUACUAUUAUACAGAAAUACGAAGAGUUAAAUCUCAUAAGGAGUUCUUGAACAAAACCACUCAUCAGCUUUUAUUUGUUAGACACCAGUUCAAAAUAGCAUUCUUCAGUGAGCUGAAACAAGACACACAGAAUGCUCUCAAAAAUUACAGAACUGCUUAUAAUCUUGUGCAUGAAUUGAGGGCUCAUGAAACAAACAUGCUGGAAAUCAAGACCAUGGCAGGAUUUAUAAAUUACAAGAUCUGUCGCCUCUGUUUUCAGCAUAACACUCCACUAGAUGCAAUUGCUCAGUUCAGGAAACAUAUUGACUUGUGCAAGAAAAAAAUAGGAAGUGCGGAACUGGCUUUUGAGCAUGCUGCCUGGAUGUCUAAACAGUUUCAGGCUUUUGGUGACUUGUUUGAUGAAGCGAUUAAGCUGGGACUGACAGCAAUUCAAACUCAGAAUCCAGGUUUCUAUUACCAGCAGGCAGCUUACUAUGCACAGGAACGGAAACAACUAGCAAGUAUGCUUUGUAACCACGAUUCCUCUGUGGUAUAUCCCAAUCCGGAUCCCCUGGAAACGCAAACUGGAGUGCUUGACUUCUAUGGACAAAGACCAUGGCGGCAGGGAAUAUUAAGCUUUGAUCUCUCUGAUCCUGAAAAGGAGAAGAUGGGGAUUUUAUCCCUACAGUUGAAAGAGAAAAAUGUCCUUCACUCUGAGCUAAUAAUCACUUUGUUGAGUAAUGCUGUCGCACAGUUCAAGAAAUACAAAUGUCCAAGAAUGAAAAGUCAUUUGAUGGUUCAAAUGGGAGAAGAAUAUUACUAUGCUAAAGAUUAUGCCAAAGCUUUGAAGCUCUUGGAUUAUGUUAUGUGUGAAUAUCGCAGUGAAGGAUGGUGGACUCUUCUCACUUCCAUAUUGACGACAGCUCUCAAAUGUUCAUACCUGAUGGCCCAGCUAAAAGAUUAUAUAACGUACUCUUUAGAGCUACUGGGUAGAGCAUCUACUCUUAAAGAAGAUCAGAAAUCUCGAAUAGAAAAAAAUCUGAUAAAAGUUCUAAUGAAUGAAAGCCCUGAUCCUGAACCUGAUUGUGAUGCUCCUGCUGUGAGAACAUCACAAAAAUUGUGGGCUGACCGUGUUUCUUUGGCGGGCAGUAAUGUUUUUACAAUAGAAGUCCAAGAUUUUAUACCCUUUGUGCAAUGUAAAGCAAAAUUUCUUGCUCCUAGUUUUCAUGUUGAUGUUCCUGUGCAGUUUGAUGUAUACUUGAGAGCUGAUUGUCCUCAUCCUAUAAGAUUUUCUAAGCUCUGCAUCAGAUUCAAUAAUCAGGAUUACAACCAAUACUGUGUGGUAGAAGAAGCCUAUCAAAAAAGUGAUAUUCUGGAACAGUCAUCGCAAGGAACAAUGUGCUUAGUCCCUGGCAAAACGAGGAAGUUCACUUUCAGAUUUGUUGCAAAAACUGAAGAUGUAGGAAAGAAGAUUGAGAUCACCUCUGUGGAUUUGAUCCUGGGAAGUGAAUCUGGCCGAUGUGUGAUUCUGAACUGGCGCGGAGGAGGUGGAGAUGCUGCUUCAUCUCAAGAAGCAUUGCAGGCAGCACGUUCCUUUAGGCGAAGACCGAAGCUCCCAGACAAUGAAGUGCACUGGGACAGUUUGACUAUUCAGGCAAGCACUAUGAUUAUUUCUAGAGUGCCAAACAUUUCUGUUCAGCUUCGUCAUGAACCUCCUGCCCUGACUAAUGAAAUGUAUUGUUUGAUUGUGACAGUCCAGUCACAUGAGGAGACAGUGGCCAAAGAUGUUAAACUUACAGCAGGUUUAAAACCAGGACAAGAUGCCAACCUGACUCAGAAAACUCAGGUGACUCUUCAUGGAACAGAUGCAUGUGAUGACUCCUUUCCUGCACUGCUUCCUGAUAUCCCUGUAGGAGACUUGCAACCAGGGGAAAAGCUGGAAAAACCGAUAUAUAUUCGUUGUGGAACAGUUGGUGCAAGAAUGUUUCUGGUUUACGUUUCUUACUUAAUCAACACUGUCGUUGAGGGGAAAGAAAUCAUCUGCAGGUGUCACCGGGAUGAAACUGUAACCAUAGAAACAGUAUUUCCUUUUGAUGUUGCUGUCAAAUUUGUCUCCACAAAGUUGGAGCACUUGGACAGAGUAUUUGCAGAUAUACCAUUUUUACUGAUGACAGACAUCCUGAGUGCCUCUCCUUGGCCUCUCACUAUUGUAACCAGCCAGCUACAGCUGUCAACUUCCAUGAGCCCGGUAGAUCAACUGGAAUCUUAUGUAGAGAAUGUUGUUUUACAGACAGGUGAGAGUGCCAGUGAGUGCUUUUGCCUUCGAUGUCCUCCAGUUACUAAUGCUAGUGGAGUGGCGACUGGAUGUUAUAUCAUUUCCUGGAAGAGAAGUUCACCUGUGGAAAGUGUACCUGUUGUUAGUACGGUCAUCACUCUACCGCAUGUGAUUGUAGAGAGCAUUCCACUCCAUGUUAAUGCAGAUCUGCCAUCAUUUGGUCGAGUCCGAGAAUCCCUACCUGUCAGAUAUCACCUGCAAAAUAAGACCAACUUAGUCCAGGAUGUGGAGGUGUCAGUGGAACCCAGUGAUGCCUUCAUGUUCUCUGGCCUUAAACAGAUCCGAUUAAGAAUCCUUCCUGGCACACAGCAGGAAAUGUUAUAUAACUUCUACCCUCUGAUGGCUGGGUAUCAACAGUUACCAUCUCUUCAUGUUAACUUGCUGCGAUUCCCAAACUUCACUAAUCAGUUGCUCAGACGAUUCAUACCGACACAUAUUUUUGUAAAGCCUCAGGGUCGUCAAGCGGAUGAUAACUCGAUUGCAGCUGCGUAACUUUGAGACCUGUACCUCUGCACUUAAAGAAAAUGGGAUGUUGCACAGAAUACCUAAAGCUUACUUUGGAAACACGGCUUUGAUCAAACCAUAAGAAUUAAAUUUUAUUUUGAAAUUGCAACGCUUAGCAGAACUAAUGUUUAAAACAAAA